AUGAAAGGGGCUCUGCCUUCGCUGCUGUUGUUGCUGCUGGGGUGUAGGCCAAGAGUGUCCUCUGGUGGCGGAGCGGGGGGCGCAGCAGGCUAUGCCCCGGUAAAGUACGUGCAGCCCAUGCAGAAAGGACCAGUGGGACCGCCUUUCCGAGAGGGCAAGGGCCAGUACUUGGAAAUGCCUCUACCGCUGCUGCCAAUGGACUUGAAAGGAGAGCCAGGUCCCCCUGGGAAGCCGGGACCUCGGGGUCCUCCUGGGCCUCCUGGCUUCCCGGGAAAGCCCGGCACUGGGAAACCUGGGCUUCAUGGGCAGCCAGGCCCUGCUGGCCCGCCUGGCUUCUCCCGCAUGGGCAAGGCUGGUCCCCCAGGGCUCCCAGGCAAGGUUGGACCACCAGGACAGCCAGGGCUGCGGGGAGAGCCAGGGAUACGAGGGGACCAGGGCCUUCGGGGACCUCCAGGGCCCCCUGGCCUUCCUGGCCCCUCAGGCAUUACUGUUCCUGGAAAACCAGGUGCUCAGGGGGUGCCAGGCCCUCCAGGAUUUAGGGGGGAGCCAGGACCCCAGGGAGAGCCUGGACCCCGAGGAGAUAGGGGCCUCAAGGGGGAUAAUGGAGUGGGCCAGCCAGGGCUUCCUGGGGCACCAGGGCAGGCAGGUGCCCCUGGACCCCCUGGGUUGCCUGGUCCUGCUGGUUUGGGCAAACCAGGUUUGGAUGGGUUACCAGGAGCCCCAGGAGACAAAGGUGACUCUGGGCCCCCUGGGGUUCCAGGCUCUAGGGGAGAGCCAGGAGUUGUAGGUCCUAAAGGCCCUCCUGGGGUAGAUGGUGUGGGGGUACCAGGGGCAGCAGGGGUACCAGGGCCACAGGGCCCAGUAGGGGCUAAAGGGGAGCCAGGGCUCCGGGGCCCCCCUGGCCUGAUAGGCCCUAUUGGCUAUGGGAUGCCAGGAAAACCAGGACCUAAGGGAGACAGGGGCCCAGCUGGGGCUCCGGGGCUUUUGGGGGACAGAGGUGAGCCAGGAGAGGAUGGAGAGCCAGGGGAGCAGGGUCCACAGGGCCUUGGGGGUCCACCUGGCCUUCCUGGGUCUGCAGGGCUUCCUGGUAGGCGUGGGCCCCCUGGGCCCAAGGGAGAGGUAGGACCUGGAGGUCCCCCAGGAGUGCCUGGCAUUCGGGGUGACCAAGGACCUAAUGGCCUGGCGGGGAAGCCUGGUCUUCCUGGUGAGAGGGGACUUCCUGGGGCCCACGGGCCCCCUGGACCAACUGGGCCCAAGGGUGAGCCAGGUUUUACAGGUCGUCCUGGAGGACCAGGGGUGGCAGGAGCCCUAGGACAGAAAGGUGACUUGGGGCUUCCCGGACAGCCUGGCUUGAGGGGCCCAUCUGGAAUUCCAGGACUCCAAGGCCCAGCUGGCCCUAUUGGGCCCCAGGGUCUGCCAGGCCUGAAGGGUGAACCAGGCCUUCCAGGGCCUCCCGGAGAGGGAAAAGUGGGGGAACCUGGCUCUGCUGGGCCCACAGGACCCCCUGGAGUCCCUGGCUCCCCAGGACUCACAGGUCCUCCUGGGCCCCCUGGGCCCCCUGGGCCUCCCGGCGCACCAGGGGCCUUUGAUGAAACGGGUAUUGCAGGCUUGCAUCUGCCCAAUGGCGGGGUGGAGGGGGCUGUGCUGGGCAAGGGAGGGAAGCCACAGUUUGGGCUGGGGGAGCUGUCAGGGCAGGCCACGCCAGCCUUCACCGCUGUGCUCACCUCCCCCUUCCCUGCCUCAGGCAUGCCAGUUAGGUUUGACCGGACUCUCUACAACGGUCACAGCGGCUACAACCCAGCUACUGGUAUCUUCACCUGCCCCGUGGGAGGCGUCUACUACUUUGCUUACCAUGUGCACGUCAAGGGCACCAAUGUGUGGGUGGCCUUGUACAAGAACAAUGUGCCAGCCACCUACACCUACGAUGAGUACAAGAAGGGGUAUUUGGACCAGGCGUCUGGAGGGGCUGUGCUUCAACUGCGGCCCAAUGACCAGGUGUGGGUGCAGAUGCCCUCAGACCAAGCCAAUGGCCUCUACUCCACUGAGUACAUCCACUCCUCCUUCUCAGGAUUCUUGCUCUGUCCCACAUAACCCGUGGGGGGCCCUGCUGCCCUGGCCUCCUCCUCUUUAGUGAUAGAGAGACCUUUCCGGUUACAGAGAUCUCCAUUUGAAGGAAACAACCAAAAGCUGAACAGAGGCGGCGCGGCCUUGGCCCGAGGAGACUGACCUGUUUUCCCCUUGUGUAGGCUGAAGUCGUUUCUGGAAGAGGUUGCCCUAAUUUCCUUUCCUCCGGUGCACUGUGGGGGUUGUACCUUCUUCUGGACCUGCCUGGUCUGGAGGCAGCACCCCGGAGCACUC